AUGAGUAACAUAUAUGAUAUGCUAGGUAUCAGCAUUGAUAAAAUAAAGAAUAAAAAGAAGCAGAAAGAAAAAAACAGCAGAAAAGAAUUAGACUUUCUAAAAGAAAAUGACAAUCUAUUUUCUCUCCCGACAUCAUCAAAAACUAUAAAUUUUAGCAACAAAAGUGUUAGCAUAUGGAGACUAGUGAGUUUCAGGAACAAAUGCAGACAAGACGAUUUGAUACUAAAAAAAUGGAAAAAAAUUGGAUAUAAAAAUGAUAAAAAUGUGUUUAAUGAAAAUAAUAUAGAGGAUGAUUAUUCAUUUGAAAAAUUUAAUAAAAAAAUAAAUAUUAUAAAAUAUAAUGAUGAAUUUUACGACAAAGAAAUACAACAUAUGAACACAAAAUGGACUAAGGAAGAAACGGAUUAUUUAUUUAAAUUAUGUGAAAAAUAUGAAUGUCAUUUUAUUAUUAUAUACGAUGUAUAUGAUGCAGAAUAUAAAAGAACCAUCGAAGAAAUAAAAGAUAGAUUUUAUAGUGUAUCUAAGAAAGUAAUUGAAGAUGUCUUUGAUCAAAAAAUUAAAUUAGAAGAAUCGAAAAAAAUUAAAAAUAAUGGGGAUAUUCUAAAAUUAAAAGAAGGAAAAGCUAAACAUCCCCUCAUAAAGUUUACGUAUAAUAUGGAGGCGGAUAUCGAAAGAAAAAAUUUAAUUCACAAAACUUACAACGUAUCUAAAAAGGAUGUCCUAUUAGAAGAAAUGACAAUGGAAAACAUCAAAAAGUUUGAGAAUAAAAUUAAGCAGGAGCUGAAGAAGGCCUCUGAUAUGAAAAAAUUAAAAAAGAAAUUUGAGUUAACAAAUGAAGAAAUAGUGCCGAUAAACAAGUUGCCUGAGGAAGACAAGGAAGAAAAAUAUGUAUAUAGUGCUAGAUACUUUUUUCAAAAACUUAAAAUAGAUAUCUCUUAUUUUGACAAAUUAGACACUUAUUUAAAGGAGAACAACAUUGAUAAACCAACGAUUUAUACCGAAAAUAUUUGCUUUUUAUAUGGGGUUUUAAGAACCGAUGUCGCUAUAUUGCUAAAUUUGAGAAAGAAAAUUGAAAAACUAAAACAGGAACGAGAAUUUUGGAAGGGUCAGUUAAUUACCUUGGAAGAAGAAUACUUAAAGAAAAAAAACAAAUCAUCAUCUGUCUAA